AUGCUUAAUUUUAUACGUAGUUUCUCAUAGCAAAAAUAACCCCCAAAACCUCCUUAAUAGCAACAAACACAACAAUAACCAAAAUAGAACUUCUACUCAAUAGUGCCUAAAUUGAGGGACAAUUUUGCAGAGGAACUGUUUAAUUUAGAAAUGGAUGUAGAAUCUGAUGAUGUUUAAAUGGAUACAAUAAUGAAAUUAAUAAAUUUAUAUAAAGAGGCUGUGGAAUACUUUGAGGCUAUUCAUUCAAACAAGUAUCUCAUUUUCAAGAACAAGAUUUAAAACUUAUUUGCAAAGAAGAAUGUUAUGAAUGCUAUGAAAAUGAACUAAAAAAAGUCUCCAACUUUGGAGGUGAAAUAAAAAUUAUAGCAAAUAAAGUAAGUUGAUUAAAAGCGAAAUGCUGAUGAUUUGAUUAACUAACAUCAAUAAAAAUAAGAACAAUUGAACACAUUAAUACAUAAUAACCUUGAAGCUCAAAACAACGUCAUACAAGAGAGAUUGCAAAAAAGAAGGAGUAGUCAAGUGAGAUAAAUUCAAACUACAUAGAAUUAAGAAACUACAGAUUAUUCUAUGCCAGAAUUCAAUCCAUGUCAUACUCCUUAGAUUAAGACUUCAGCCAAAUCCUAUAGGGGUAGAUAAACUUUUGAUUCAUGAUUAUGUUAUUUUACAAAUAAAUUAGUGAAUGUAUCUCAAUACUAA